UGUGCUCAUGUGUCAUGGCGGACUGGAGCAGUUGCCGCUGAGUGUUUGUGUUUUUCCCGUGUUUUACUUGUAUUUGUCGUAUGCUGUAGCGUCCCCGCGGGAGCCCAGCGCGCUCGGCCAUGGCGCAGUGCGUACAGUCAGUGCAGGAGCUGGUCCAGGACUCUUUCACACCGAUGGUCGCGGUGCUGUGCAGCGCAGAGGCGGAGCGGGUGAGCCGCAGGAACAGGCUCAGUUUCGCCGAGCUGCUGCGGCCCUUCUGCAGGCUCACGUCCGAAGGUCACAUCCGGGACCCGAACAACGCUGUGCUGCAAGUGAAAGGACUGCGCAUCAGUGUGACCAGCCUGAGCCCCAGCCUCAAAGCUCCCUCCUCCUCCCUGACCCCCGCCCAGCGCUCCACCCUACACCACAUCGUCCUGUCCUCGCAGCCUCCAGAGGGCGCUCUCAGCAGCAUCACCGCAGGGGACUACCAGCUCAGCUUCACAGGCACUACUCCCUGGUUUGAGGCCUACAGAGAGGCCUUCCUGCAGACCAUGCCCUCCUCGGACCAUGAGUUCCUCAACCACUACCUGGCCUGCCUGCUGGUAGUGUCCUCUUCAGAGGCUGUCCCCUUUGAGCAGUUCCUCAAGCUGUCCCAGGAGCAGCACCAGGUCCAGCAUAGUGGAGAGUACAGCGCCCCUAAGUGGUUCAUCCCCAACACACUCAAGUACUAUGUCCUCCUGCAUGACGUUAGCCAGGGUGACGACCACAGAGCGGAGACUGUCUAUGAGGACAUGAAGCAGAGGUAUGGGACUCAGGGCUGCUAUCUGCUAAAAAUCAACUCGCGCACCGAGGGGGCAUCAGAGGAGGAGCAGAUUCCAGACCCCUGGAGCCAGUACCUGCACAAGAGCUACCUGCACUCUGUGGACGGGGACUCCACAUCAGGCAGUGUGACAGCUGAGGCUCCAGAGCAGGCAGACACAGGGGAAGUAUCUCACAACCAUAGUCAGGCUCUGGACACAGGAGCCCUCCCACCCCUGAGUGCCUGUGACACUGGCAGGAGAGCAUCAGACAGCACGAGUGGGGCCCCCGGGGGCCACGGCACCUGUCUCACACUCAAUGACCACGACCGCAUCAGACAGUUUAUCCAGGAGUUCACCUUUAGAGGCCUGCUGCCACACAUUGAGAAGAACAUCCGCCAGCUCAACGACCAGCUUGUCUCCAGGAAAGGCCUGAGCCGCUCCCUCUUCACGGCCACUAAGAAGUGGUUUGGUGGAGGCAAAGCCCCAGAGAAGAGUGUGGCUGAGCCCAAGAGCACCAGUGGGCUUCUGUACCCCCCAGAGGCCCCUGAGCUGCAGAUCCGUAAGAUGGCCGACCUGUGCUUCCUAGUGCAACACUACGAGCUGGCCUACAGCUGCUACCACACAGCCAAGAAGGACUUCCUGUCAGACCAGGCCAUGCUGUAUGCUGCAGGGGCGCUGGAGAUGGCGGCGGUGUCGGCCUUCCUCCAGCCUGGUGCUCCCAGACCAUACCCAGCACACUACAUGGACACAGCCAUCCAGACGUACAAAGACACGUGCAGGAACAUGGUGUUGGCCGAGCGCUGCACGUUGCUCAGUGUGGAGAUCCUGAAGAGCCAGGGCAAAUAUGCUGAGGCUGCCACACUGCUCAUCAAGAUGACCAGUGAGGACUCUGACCUGCGCAGUGCUCUGCUGCUGGAGCAGGCGGCUCACUGCUUCAUCAACAUGAGGACCCCCAUGGUGCGCAAGUUUGCCUUCCACAUGAUCUUGGCUGGGCACCGCUUCAGUAAGGCUGGACAGAGGAGGCACGCCUUGCGCUGCUACUGCCACGCCAUGCAGGUGUAUCAGGGCCGUGGCUGGUCUCUGGCAGAGGACCACAUUAACUUCACCAUCGGGCGCCAGUCCUUCACACUGCAGCGGCCAGACAGAGCUGUGGAGGCCUUCAAGGUCAUCCUGGAGAAAGAGAGCCAGCAGACAGCCACACAGCAGGGGGCCUUCCUCCGAGAGUACCUUUAUGUCUUCAAGCAGAGUGGUGUGGGGGGCACAGAGACCUGCUCUGACCUGCCUCUGCCUUGCAUCCAGAGCUCUGCCACCAGAGUGUACUUCGGCCCCGAGCGCCGUCCUGCAGAAGGAGAGAAACAAGCAGCCACACACGUGUCUCUGGAUCAGGAGUAUGACCAGGACAACGCUGCCAUGUGGUGUCAGCUGGAACUGCAGCUGGUGUCUGCAGCUCACCGUGGGAUCGCUCCUGUAGCGUUUCAACCCACACAGUACUGCCUACACAGCCAGACAGACAAUCUGCGACGCCCCCUGGCUGUGCUUCAAGAGCCCAUCAUCGUGGAGGUGCUCCUGAGGAACCCCCUGAAGGUGGCGUUGUCUCUGUCUGAGCUCACACUGCUCUGGAGGUUCACCGCAGAUGGAGCCUCCACAGAGCUGUCCAACGAGGACACUUCUGCAGUUCUGACAGAGGAGGUGAUGACCAAUGAGGUGAUCGCAGACUUUCCCCUGGCCCCAGAGGAGACCAAAGUGGCUCGUCUGAAGCUGGUUCCUCGGAGGACAGGCCAGCUCAGUGUGACGGGGUUGGGCUACAGCCUGUCUGCUACAGGGGAUACUGCAGAAGCGGACAUGCUGGUGGUACGGGGCAGGCAGGAGCUGAAGAUCCAGGGCCCACGUCUGAAUCAGACCAAAGAGGACAAGAUGUCUGUGCGGCACGGACGAGACCAGAGGCUCCACCCCAUCAUCACGGCGCCCAUGCCUUUACUGGAGGUGUUCUUCCUGCAGUUUCCAUCAGCACUGCUUUGUGGAGAGAUCCGGAAGGCCUACAUUGAGUUCUGUAAUAUGAGCUCUGUGGGACUGUGUGGCCUCAGGGUGGUGUCCACUCAUCCCACCUUCUUCACCUUUGGCUCUGCCACUAGCAGCCCACUGACCCCUCUGACCCCUGGCUCUGCUGAGAACUGCUCUGCCUACAAGACUGUGACGGGGGUACCCCAGCACUCACAUGUGCUGGUGUCAGCUCAGGACUUCCUCCAGCCCUCCUCUGUCAUCUCCAUCCCCAUUGAGGGAGGCGUGCUCAGGCCAGGGGAGUCCAUGCAGCUGCCCCUGUGGUUGCGGGGCCCAGAUAAAGAGGGAGUGCAUGAAAUCAACUUCCUAUUCUACUAUGAAAGCACAGAGAAGGGAGGCAAGAUCAGCCACAGGGUGCUGCGCCACACUGUCUUCAUCUGCUCCAGUCGCUCCCUCAGUGUGACUGCCUCUGCCUGCCAUACCCCCGGCCCCGCCCUGUCCACCCCUCACCAGCCUGACCCUCAUCAGUCUAACCCGGUCCAGCCCAGUGGAACUCUUGUAUUUGUGGAUGUAGAAAACGUCAACCUGAGUGAAGCUGGGGUCAGGGAGUUCCACAUCGUCCAGGUGUCGAGUUGUGGUCAGCGCUGGUGCCUGCAGACUUGCAUUAACCCCUCCCACAACAAAGAGUGGCGCCUCAGCAGCAGAGAGAGAGCCAAGCUGUGCUUCAGAGCGGUGCAGUGCAGAGCUCCUUCUGAUGCAGCUGACAAAUUCACCUUUGUGGAUAUGAACCUUGCCAACGAAAGGGUGGUCAGCUCAGCCACUCCCUGUGGAGACUUCUUUUUUCGCUGCUGUGACACCAAGAGCCAGAGCCCCACAGAGCUCUCUCCUACUGAGCUAGACCUGCACAUCAUCGUCAUCUGGAAGGCCUUUGUGGUGGAGGACAAUAAGCAGCUGAUCCUGGAGGGACAGCUCCAUGUGGCUCUGCAGGACAUUGGUCAGAAGACCCCUGAACUGCACAAUCUGGACACUGCAGACAUGAUGCUGCUCAGGUUCCGCUCGGAGCCAGCCCUUCCUCCUGCGGUCCCCAAACUUGACUUCAGUGAGCUGGUCCGGACUAACCUUAGCUACCCUGAGAGUCACAGCCAUGCCUUUGGCUCCAGCAGCAUGUGCGUGGUGUGUGUGAGCCUGACCCUCACCAACAUGUCUGUGAGUGCUGCCCAGGUCAGCGUGGAGCUGCAGCACCGAAACUCUGGUGAGGCAGCCGACCCGUGCACUCUGUUCUCUUGGGUGGGGAAAAGCCAGUAUCGAGUAAUGCUGGGGCCAGAGGAAGUGCGCUGUCUGCCCCUGCACGCCUGCUUCUACAGCGCUGGAGUGUACGACCUGAGCAGUUGCAGAGUCCUGGUGAGACCUGCGCAGUCAGAUGCCCUUCCAGAGAGCAUCCACAGCCACGGCCCCGCACUCAUCGUCAUCAACAAUGCCUGAACUGCACCGCACUAGACUGACCCUUACUCCACAGUCAGACUAAGGCAUAUGCAGCUGGUUGAUACAACAACUGGGGAUGCCUUGUGGCCAUCAGCUUUUUUCCUGGUUUUCACCAAAGCCCUGUUAGGACCUCUUCACAUCAUUAAUGCACUUAACAGUUCAAAUGUGGAGUAACCUCGGCAGGAGCCAGGUGUAGCAUGAAGCAGGAAUUAGAUCUCUGUUUAGGUGGUGCAGUGAUGCAUCUGCAGCACUAACUGAACUCUUGAUGUUAUUUGACUGCAGAAGUGUGGAUUUUCAACUACAUAAUUCAUGUCUCAAACACUUCUUUUGGAUUGUUUUGCAUAUUGCACCAUUGUUUGCUUGUAAUAUAUAUUCUGGGAUCAAAAUUAACUAUUGUUAAUAUUAAUCAUAUUAAACAUGUCUGUGAAUCUUCUGA